AUGAGUCUCAUAACCUGUAAGGCGCACAGAUGGCUUGCAAACCCUGUCACUGCGCCGAAGAGUGUUCGACUGAAGGAGGCUCCUCGAGGUGCGUGGGGUGCUCGACUAGAGGAGGUGAUGAAGAAGAAGUGGGUGAGUCUGCCACAUUCGUUGGCAAGGGCGGAGGACUAUCAACACGAGCAACAGGAACCGGGGAGCCCGACGUGA